AUGGAUCUCACCGACUUUUCAAACUACAAGAGGUUGAACGGUGGCUACCGCUAUAUUCUCGUGGCGAUCGAUUCCCUCUCCUGCUUUCUGUGCAUCCUCCCGCUAAAGACGAAAUGGCCCACCGAAACGAAAAGGACCAUGAUAAGACUUUUUCGGGGAGGUAACGCACCUACACGCAUCUUUUGCGACAGAGGAGGGAAAUUCUACAACAAGACUAUCAAGGAGUACCUGGCACGAAAGAAGGUCCACAUGUAUUCCACCUUCUCUUCUGUAAUCAAGGCAUCGCAGGCAGAAUGGGUCAUACGCACUUUACGCGACAGAAUAUUCUGGUAUUUUAGAGUAACCGGAAAAUACUGCUUCGUUUCCGUGCUUCCCAAGAUUGUGGGCGACUACAACAAUACCAAACACAGGACGUUGGGCAUCAGCCCGUCCGAAGUCACACCCGAAAACGAAUUGGAGCUGUUCAAUAAGAUAUACGGGAAGCCCGUUGUACCCCCGUGA